UAAAUCGUCUCCAAAUAAUACCAGGAAUCUGCCAUUAAAAACUUUUCCACCAGUUCUAGGACAUCCUGUCACACCACAUGACGGAUAUAUUAAAUCAAUGAUUAGAAAUUUAUUUUUAGAAGUACUCUAUUCAAAGUGUUUAUCUUGGAAACAUGUUGCUGUCCAUUCGCUGAGAGCUUGUCAAUGUGCAAAUCUUACUGCAUCUUAUUCUAAUUCAUAAAAUAUUUCUUUGAAUAAUAUAUGAAAGUGAGAUGACUUUAUGAAUGAUAUUAUUUUGAUAAUAUACAGUCGAACAGUUAUGAUAUGCUACACCUCUAAAAUAUUUUAACAAGUGAAAAAUUCGCCAAAUAUUUUGAGUUUAUAGCAAGACCUACAUAAUUUUCUUAGUUUGUAUUUCUACAGUCAUAUAAAAUAUCAUAUUUCGGAUAAUAUUCUUGAUUUUCAACUGUUUUGAUGAUUAUAGAAGACGCAAAAGUAAUAUUGUUUACAAAUUGUAAGACACGCAUUUUAGCCAAUAUUGAUGCAAUUUUGAUGGAAUUUGUUAAAGUAUUUCUAAUUCAAAAACGGAUUUUUGUCUACAAAAAUUAUGCUGUAGCCAAUUUACUGAAAUAAAUUUUAAGACUAUUUGUAAUAGCCUUAAUUAAAGAUGACUUGCUGUGCUUGCAGAUCAUUUUUUCAUUUAAACUAAUUAAUUGUUGAUUGAGAUAUUUUAGCGAUUAGCACUUCUUGUUUGUAUCAUAGAAAUUUCAACAUUAAAGAAUUACUUUUGUUUUUGUAAAUAUGAAUUUGUUUUAAGUUGCAAGUACAUUAAUCUAUAAAAUUUUAUCGAAGUUGCAUUGAUACUAGCUAAAAUAUGAGUGAUUUGCAAUUUUUUAGGAACGUUACCUUUUAUCUUUUUAUUAUCGAAACAGCUGGAAUCGAAGAUUUUGUCCAAAAUAUGGUAUUUCAUUUUAAGAAGAUGAAACUAGAUUUCAAAAUUAGAAUGACUUUCCUUGUAAAUUUCGUGAUUUUCUGAUAUUUGUCAAACGAACGAAAUAUUCUGUAUAUUAUUCCAUUUGUAAUUUUAUUUGAGAAAUAUGACAAAUGUUUUGCAUUAACCUAAUAAAUAUAAAAAUGUAUUCUUGUGCAUGUGACCUUUUUCUGUCUUGCCAGGUUGUUGGUCCAAGUUAAGUUAUAAACACUUUUUGAGAACGUCGUUGAAGCCAUUAUCGACUAAUCGCACGUGCCAGACACGCAUUCUUGAAUUGCUACCAAAAGGCAGGGAGAAACAGAAGACGACAUGGAAAAUCGCACAGAGGCUUUGUACAAUAAGGUUAUUUUUGAAAGGCGACUUCUUCUGGGUUGCACUGCUCUUGUGGGACUGGCAGUAUGCAUAUGGUCCGUGGCUAUAGGAACUGAUCAUUGGUUCAUAGUUAAAUCACCAGAUGAUGAAGGUUUACCUUUAGCAAACCGUUCUGGUAAAGUUAACAGAAAAUUGAUUUCCAAACACUCAGGUCUCUGGAGAAGCUGUAUCACCGGAUGGAUGCCUGAAUCGGAAAACUCUUCCGACUUAAUACGUUAUACCGACUGCGAGUAUUUGGAUAUGUUUCCAACACAGACUCAAAUAGAGCUAGAUCCAAGUGUGAACUUGACAAUGCUGGAUUUCGCCAAGACUGAAGUCUCGUUUGCUUUAAUCAGUCUUUUCGUAAUGAUGUUGGGCUGCAGCUUUUCAAUUUACACAUUCCUAAAUCCACGCUAUAUGUUUAAGCGGCUUGCCGGAGGAAUACAUUUUAUAACUGCUGCUUGCAACAUGGUGGUGAUACAAGUACUGCUUUCUUCUAUUGACUAUCAAAGUAAAUACGUUAGUGCAAUUUUUCCAAAAGGUGCAUCGAUAAAAUAUGAUUAUUCGCUUGUUCUUGCGUGGAUCGUGUUUUUAAUCAAUCUCAUGUCUGGUUUUAUCUUCAUGAUUUUUCAAGAAAAAGAAAAAGAUAAAGCACCUACUGAAGAAAUAGCUAUGGCUGAUGAGCCAACAAUAAUUGGACGAUAAAUUUCUUAUCAUUGUCAUUAAUAUAUUAUUCCUAUUAUUAUUCAUAUUGAAAUAUAAGAUUUAAGUGUGAAUUAUAAAUGAUACUAUAGCUAUAUAUGAAUAUCCUUAUAUAAUUACUUUUCUUAUUUUUCUUCCUUAUUAAGAACUGAUAAGAAAACAGCACAUAAUUAUUAAAAAAGAAUAUAAUGAAAAAAUUUAU